AAAAUUCCAACUUUCUUUUAGUUUAUCUUAAAUGUUGUCAAGAGAAUUGAUGAAAUAAAGUUUGGCAUGUAAUCCUCAUUAUAUAAUGUUUAAAGGUAUGUUACGUGAGACGAGCUUGACUCGCGGCACGGUAUUUAUGUAAAUCAAAUUAAAAGUAUUAAGCAAAAUGGACAUGAGAGUUUGCUGGUGUAUGUAGAUUGUAGACAUUGCUUGUGUGGCUAGUGAUUUUUUUUAUUGAGAACUGACGAUCGCACUAUAAGCAUAUACUAUACUUGUUUUAUACUCUGUUUUGGGCAUCGAUUUAGUUUGCUAGUCUGUGGUUUUUUGUGUGAUUAUCUGUGAUUAUGAUUCGAUUGUAUAUUAUCUAUAGUGCUUAUCGUGCUAUAUUGGUUAUGGUGCUUGUGAUAUUGAAAUUGAAUGUUAAAGUUAAUUAAGUUUUAAUUUACUUUUAUAGAAAUUGUAUUACAAUUAGUCGUAGCGAAAAAAUCUAAUCGUGGAACGUAUUUUUUAAUUUUCCCUUUACAUUUUAAAGGUAAAGAUGGUGUUUCAACACCUGUCAAAAGAAUAUUUAAGUCAUGAAUAUUGCCGUGUUUACAACCACGGUGGUGAAUAUUUGUUUAUGGCUUUAUAAAUAUGGCUUAUCUCAAUGCCGGCUCCAAUGUAAAUACGAAUAAUUCAGCGGACAUAAUUGAAGAUACUGAUGUUGCAGACGAAUUGUCCAUAGUACCCUUUGAUAAAGAUACAUUUACGCUAUGUGAGUUAUGUGGAAGAGUGGGGCGUCGCAGUCAUUUUUAUCACCGCAAUAAUCAAUUUUGCUCAUUGAGAUGCCACACCAGUAAAAAGAGAAAGCGAGACUGUAACUGGAAAUUUGAGCUGAUGGAAGGAGCUGAUCACAUGGCAGGCUUAAUACCAUUAGAACCUCUCCCACAACUGCAACAUUGGCAGGCUGCAUUCACUGAUUUACAGGCAGGACCAAUAAAGCAGUCUGCAGCAUUGAUAGCAAAUACCUAUGAAUGGAAAGAUGAGUUGUUUGGUUGUGAUUUCCUUGCAGCACCAGUGAGUCUAUUUAAACAUGCCCCCUUACAUGAAAUGUGGGAUAACACCUUUGAAGGCAUGAAGGUUGAAGUUAAAAAUACUGACUGUGAUAAUUGUUCUGAGAAAAAUAAUGACUUCUUUUGGGUAGCUUCUGUCUUAAAGGUCAAAGGUUAUAUGGGGCUCCUACGGUAUGAAGGAUUUGGUAGUGAUGAUUCGAAAGACUUCUGGGUGAAUUUGUGUUGUUCUGAAGUACAUCCAGUGGGAUGGUGUGCAACAAGAGGGAAGCCACUUAUUCCACCAAGGAGUAUAGAAGAUAAAUAUACUGACUGGAAAAAGUUUCUAGUUAAACAGUUAACAGGUGCUCGUACUUUACCCGCUAAUUUCUAUAGUAAACUAAGUGAUAGUCUGGUAUCGAGGUUUUCUAUUGGUUCUAUUAUGGAAGUGGUAGACAAAAAUAGAAUAUCUCAAGUUAAGGUUGCUAGUGUAUCUGAGAUAGUAGGUAAAAGGUUACAUGUAAAGUAUUAUGAUAGUUCACCAGAGGAUAAUGGUUUUUGGUGUCACGAGGACUCCCCAUUGAUUCAUCCGGUGGGUUGGGCAUUCCAAGUUGGUCAUUCUCUAGAUGCACCACAGGGAUACUGUCAGAGGGUAGCAGGCGGACGACUGUUGCCUAACGAUACCACACCCGACAUGUUCUACAAGUUCCCAACCAAUGAACCACCUUUGUUCUCUGAAGGGAUGAAGUUAGAAGCGAUAGAUCCGUUGAAUUUAUCUGCUAUAUGUGCCGCUACAGUAAUGCAGAUAUUAAAUGAAGGAUACAUGAUGAUAAGAAUUGACUACUACCCUGCAGAUGCUACUGGGUCCGACUGGUUCUGCUAUCAUCAAAGAUCACCCUGUAUAUUUCCAGUAGGGUUUGCUAUGGCAAACAACAUCCCUCUCGUGCCCCCGGCAGGUUUCAGCAUAGAGGAGUUCAGCUGGGAGUCGUACUUGCGCGAGGGGUGCGCGGUGGCGGCGGGGCGCGCGGCGUUCGCGGCGCGCGGACACGUGGUGUCGCACGGCUUCGUGGCCGGCAUGCGCCUCGAGUGCGCAGACCUCAUGGACCCGCGCCUCGUCUGCGUCGCCACCGUCGCCAGAGUCGUCGCUGAUCUGCUCAAGGUACACUUCGACGGCUGGGGGUCGGAGUACGACCAGUGGCUGUGGGCGCACAGCACGGACGUGUACCCCGUGGGGUGGUGCCGCGCCGUGGGGCACCGGCUGGAAGGGCCGCUGCAGGCCGCUCGCCGCCCCGCGCGCCCCGCGCGCACCCCGCGCCAGCCGCGCCAGCCCCGCACCUACAGGAUGCACAGGCGGCGACGGAAGCAAGUGACAAAAGGAACACCACACCCUCCUAAU